GAAAACAAGGGUUUUGGAGAAAAAAAAAUACAUGUUUAUAUAAUAUAUACUAUCAUAAUGAAAUUAUUGAUUAAUUUGAUCUCUGGGGUAUAUAUUAAAGAAUAAAAGUAAAGAAAAGGAAAGAACAAGGUGAAUUUAUCACCCUUUUUUUUUUCCUCUCUUCUUGUUAUAUAUUAUUUUUUUAUUAUUAUUUAAUAACAAUGACAGUGGCAAUUUUACCAGCCGAUAUUAUUUCAAAUAUAUUUACAUUUUUACCCUUAUCUUGUGUUCAUCAGCUUUUAGAAGAAGGGAAGAAAUCAUCCUGCUAUUUAACGUUUCUUUCUAAACGUGAAUUACUUUCUCGAGUAAAACGAGAAAGCUGGACAAUUAAAUUCUACACGCCAUCUGCCUAUUUUGCUAUUUUAUGUAAUCGAGACAUAAUUCCUUCUACAGCUCCGUUAGCAAGUCUAAACUGCGUAGGCUUCUGCUCUCGAUCCGAAUAUCUACGAUUUGAAACAUUCAAUGAAAAUUAUUUUGAACUUUCAUCUAAUAUCGAUGAUGGGGAGCUUGAAUUUAAAUUAGUGAAAAUUUAUUGCUCACAAUGGAUCAAUUUAUUUACGGAGGAUGAUAAUCGAGGGAAACAAAUAAAGUUGGUUUGGCAAGAAGGAGACCAAAGAAAGCAAUUAACAGAAGACCUUUCUAUUCAUUAUCGAUGUAUAUUAACAACUACUUCUAAUGAACUAAAUCCAUGUAUUCACUGUAAAGAGAAUAAUCGAUGCUAUAAACAUAUCUUUACUAAUUCCCUCAACAAGCAAAUAAAAAAAAUGAAAAUUCAAACCGUACAUGUUUCCUUAAAUUGGUUAAACCAAGGUUUACUUGUUUGAAGGGAAUAGUAGUUUAUAUACGAUAAAUAGAGAGAAUCUAAUAGGCUGAUUAUCAUAUAUAUCUAUCUAUAUAUAUAUAUAUAUAAAUAUGUAUAUAUAUAUAUAUAUCCUUUCUUUUUAUUUUAUUUUAUUUUAUCU